CUCUUUUCUGCAGCAUCAGUACCACCUCCCCCGUGCCUCCUCCCCCUCUCUCUCUCGCUCGGUUUUCCUGCCGGGCUGCUGCUUUGCGCGCUGCGGGGCCACACUGCGACCACACCGAGGAGGAAGAAGAGAAAGCCGCGGACCGACGGGGGGGCCAGCCGAGCCAGAGCGGCGGACAUAAAAAAAAACCGAAUAAGAAGAAGGACGCGGGAGGAAGAAGGAGGCGCGGACAGCGAGCCCGAGGAGCAGAAGCAGAAGGCGGAGACGCGUUCCUCCCUCCAUCUCUGCCUCCGUGAAGAAGAGCCGAGAGGAGCAGCAGCAGGAGGACCGCGAGGACCUCGCAGCGGAGAAAACGACGAACGACGCGGAGCCGGAAGCCUCCCCCCCUCCCCCCUGGACCAGGGACGAUUCUCCGUUUGUAGCAGCGGCGCGGCGACAAGAUGAAGGACCGCACGGCGGAACUGCGAAGCGCAAAGGACAGCGACGACGAUGAGGAGGUGGUGCAGGUGGACAGGGACCACUUCAUGGACGAGUUCUUCGAACAGGUGGAGGAGAUCCGAGGCUGUAUAGAAAAGCUGUCGGAGGACGUGGAGCAGGUCAAGAAGCAGCACAGCGCCAUCCUGGCCGCACCCAAUCCUGACGAAAAGACCAAGCAGGAGUUGGAGGACCUCACAGCUGACAUCAAGAAGACAGCCAAUAAAGUUCGCUCAAAAUUAAAAGCAAUCGAGCAGAGCAUCGAGCAGGAGGAGGGGCUCAACAGAUCAUCAGCGGACCUCAGGAUCCGUAAGACGCAGCACUCGACAUUGUCACGCAAGUUCGUGGAGGUGAUGACUGAGUACAACACCACGCAGUCCAAGUACCGCGACCGCUGCAAGGACCGCAUCCAGAGACAGCUGGAGAUCACUGGAAGAACCACUACCAACGAGGAGCUCGAGGACAUGUUGGAGAGUGGCAAGCUGGCCAUCUUCACUGAUGAUAUCAAAAUGGACUCUCAGAUGACGAAGCAGGCCCUGAACGAGAUCGAGACCCGGCACACUGAGAUCAUCAAGCUGGAAAACAGCAUCCGUGAGCUGCACGACAUGUUCGUCGACAUGGCCAUGCUGGUCGAGAGCCAGGGCGAGAUGAUUGACAGAAUCGAGUACAACGUGGAGCACUCCGUCGACUACGUGGAGCGAGCUGUCUCCGACACCAAGAAGGCCGUCAAAUACCAGAGCCAGGCUCGCAAGAAGAAGAUCAUGAUCAUCAUCUGCUGUGUCAUCCUCGGCGUGGUCCUGGCGUCGUCCAUCGGUGGCACGCUGGGCAUGUAACGCGCUCCGCCACCUGCUGCCGUGACGACCGAACACCGACUGACCGACCGUCCGACCGACAGCCAGCAGAGAAAAGAAACACCAACGACGACACAAAAACUUGAAACACAAAUGCAAGACAGAUAACCAAUCAGCUAGGAAGAGAUAACGACCCAAUCACAGAUAAGAGGAAACACCACGGGUUCGGGUGGGGUUCAAAAAACAAGAAAAAACCACGAGAAAACACCAUGACAUCAUAGCUGACUGACACUACAUAUACAAAAGAGGGUACAGAUAAACCUAUUUAUUACAGAUGUACAUGUAAAUGUAUUGAACAUGAAGCAACACGUGGGUUAGCUACCUGUAAAAACUGAUGACCUAUAAUAUGGCAUUUACUUGUUUGUUUGCUUGUUUUGCCUCUUUUCUUAUUUUUUAAAAGUUUCUUUCGUUUUUCCGGAGUCUCCGAGGACAGUGACGGCGACGGCUGCCGGGUGGGAGUUCUGCCCGUCGAGGCUCCGGAGCUUAGCGCCUUUGGGAACGAGCUCAGAUAACAAAAUAAAAGGCCAAAAAAAAA